AUGAAUAAUAAUAAUUCAAUAACAUGGUUUGAUCAUUUAGCUACAGAAAUUAUUUUGGAUAUAUUUGAUUAUUUAUCAUGUAAUGAUAUUAUUUAUACAUUCUUUUAUUUUAAUCAACGACUUAAUUCUAUAUUAUUACAUUAUCAACAUUGUUCAAAUAAUUUUAGAUCAUUAAUAACAAAUUUUAAUUUUUGGCAAAAUAAUUUACCAAUAAUUGGAUCACAUAUACAAUGUUUAAUUAUAAAUAGUAUUGAUUUAUCUUUUUCAUUAAAUUUAUUUCCAAAUUUAAAAUCAAUUAUUAUUUCUUCUCCAAUUU